UUUCGAUUUAGCGUGUGACCGGGUGGACCACCACCAAAACAAAAAUUAUUCAAACUAUUCACGCGUAUUUUUCAAUAAAACUCGCCUGUUUUUUAUAUAGAUUAGGCAACAAAAUGUUGAAAUAUUCUUUAGAAAAACUAUUCUUCUCCAACAGUUUCUGUAAAAGUAAUCAGUUUCGAUGCAUUUCUCAUUUUUCUGCCAGUAUUUGGGAUGUCACAAGUGGAAAACAUCGAGAAGGGGACCAACUUAAUGUUAAGGGUUGGGUUAAAUCCGUCCGAAAGCUGAAAGAGCACGCAUUUCUGGAGAUCAACGACGGUUCGUGCAACAAAAACCUGCAAUUGGUGGUGGAUAAAGCCCAGCUGAACGGAGCUGCCUACGGAUCAUCCGUCGACGCAAGUGGCACUCUUGGCGUUACACCUAAAAACCAACUCGAACUUAAAGUUGAACGAUUGCAAGAGUUCGGGAAGUGUCCUCUCUCCGAGGGGUAUCCAUUCUACCCUAAGAAAUCGUACCCACCGGACUACGUUCGGAACCACCUUCAUUUGAGACCGCAGGUUUCUUCCCUGGCUUCCACCCUACGAGUGCGGCACCACGCAACGAAAUGCUUCAAUGAUUAUCUGGAUCGUGAGGGCUUCUUCCAGAUUCACACCCCGAUUAUCACUUCGAAUGAUUGCGAAGGGGCUGGCGAGGCAUUCCUAGUGCGACCGGCCAGCGCAGAUCUGCUCAAGCAAAUGGCCAAGAAGGACGUCCCUCUGGAUCGAGCUUACUUCGAUCGGCAGGCUUAUCUGACCGUGUCCGGCCAGCUGCACCUGGAGGCCAUGAGCCAUGGGCUGGGCAAAGUGUAUACGUUCGGUCCCACAUUCCGGGCGGAGAAUUCCAAAUCACCUAUCCAUUUGAGCGAGUUCUACAUGCUAGAACUGGAGGAGGCUUUCAUGGAAACCCUGGAGGAUUUGACGAAUCGGAUCGAAUCUAUGAUAAAACAUGUCACCAAAUCCCUGCUGGACGUUGCUUCGGAAGAUUUGGCCGCCGUAAGAAAGCUGACCGAUGAUUCCACCCUGGAGGAAAGCUUCUCGUGGCUGGAUAAACCUUAUCCUAGGAUCACCUUCAAGGAAGCCAUCCACGUUCUGGAGCAAAACAAAUCCAAACUAAAGUCAGUAGUUCGGCCCGAAGAAGGCAUCAACAAGGAGCAGGAAUUGUUCCUGGUGAGUCACUUCCAGUGCCCUCUGUUUGUAAUAGACUGGCCCAAAGCGAUCAAAUCGUUCUACAUGCGUGAGAAUCGUACUGAACCGGCCCUUGUAGACGCGAUGGAUUUCCUGGUGCCACACGUGGGCGAACUGGUUGGGGGAAGUGUCCGCGAGAAUGAAUACGAUCGGUUGAAAGCCAAACUGCCGGAUCAGGAAGCGUUGCGAUGGUACCUGGAGCUGCGCAAGUUUGGAUCGGUCCCGACGGCUGGCUUCGGACUGGGGUUGGAGCGGUACCUCUGCUGGGUGCUGAACGUGCACAACAUCAGGGACGUGAUACCGUUUCCACGGUGGGCGCAUAAUUGUAGUAUGUAGGUGAAAGAACGAGUGAAUAGAAUUUUGUUACGUUGAA